AUGAAACCAAGCAAAGUGCUCGUCGCAAACUCGAAGAAAGACUCCACCGAUCUUCCAGCCAACAUUAAUUUGGCGCGGUGCUCAACCUUCUGGAAAACCCAACGAGUGAUGGCGCAAGUUCAACGGUUUGUCGCCUUGUGUAAAGGUACCGAGUCUCCUAGUGCAGUCAUGACGGUUGAAUCACUGGAAAAGAGCAAAUGUGUUGAUCGACGUUCGAAACUGCUUUUAUUCACGCCGUAUUUAGAUAAGAACAAUGGAAUUCGCGUUGGCGGACGACUAGAUCGAACCAAACUACCCUACAAAGUACGACACCCGAUUAUCUUACCGCAGAAGCAUCGUUUAACUGAGUUGAUUGUCAAUUGUUACCAUCGCCUUGAGAACCAUGGAGGUGUAGAUCAUGUACUUGCUGCCAUCCGCAAUAAAUUCUGGAUAAUCCAUGGACGACAAGAGGUGAAACAGUUCAAACAAAGAUGCGAAAAGUGCUAGCGAGAAGGAGCCAAGGCGGGCCUUCAGCUAUUGAGUGAACUCCCGACCGAAAGAAUGACGCCCAUGAAACCGGCGUUCUACCACGAGUCUGUAGACUACUUUGGCCCAAUUACGGUUCGACUGAUUCGCAACACUACGGCGAAGAGAUACGGCGCUCUAUUCACUUGUAUGACCACUCGAUGCGUCCAUCUCGAAGUUGCAGAAUCUCUAUCAGCACCUGAUUUCCUACAAGCCCUCCAUAAAAUGAUGGCCAGACGCGGGCAGCCACGUUCCAUCUACAGCGACAAUGGUACAAACUUUGUUGGCGCAGAGUGCGAGCUGAAGUCCAUGGUGAAGAAAUUGAAUGAAAGUGAAGAUCUUUAAAACCGCUUGACGAGGAUUGGAGAAGGAAUUUGUUAGAAGUUUCAACCCCCGGCGAGUCCUCACUGGGGAGGAGUUCAUUAAAGUUUGGUAAAGUCCGCCAAAAGAGCCUUGUAUCGUACGAUAAAUCCGAACGAGAAGACGAAGCGAUCCAAUCCGACAGAUUUGCAAUUGUCCGCCUUGUUUGCAGAAGUUGAAAGAUUUGUCAACUCUAGACCAAUUACGUAUGUAAGCAGCGACCUGAAAGAUAUCGAAGCCCUGACACCGUACCAUAUCUGGCUGAAUCGACGUUCACCGGUCAUUCCUCUCGGAGAUCACAGUCGGCCGAAUUUUCAAGAUCGUUUUUGACAGACGCAACAUCUCGCGAAUCUUGUGUGGCAGCAGUGGGUAAAACUAUAUCUACCUGUUGACUCGUAAGAAGUGGAAGACUGAAGAACGAAACUUAUCGGUCAAUGAUGUAGUUAUUGUUUUCGAACCUAAUCUCAAGCCUGGUGAAUGGAAGUUAGGUAGAAUUCUCGAAGUUUUCCCAGGAAACGAUGGGCAUGUGAGAGCUGCAAAGAUCAAGACGAGCCAAGGUGUUUGUACCAGACCGAUCACGAAACUUUGUGUCCUUGAAGAAAGCAAGAAAAUGGAUGAUCGUCGUUCCCAACCGGAUAGAGACGAACGAUGGUGA